AUUGGCAUUUUAAUAAUUGAUUAGGUUACUUUUCUAACUAAGCGUGUGGCAAUUAUGUCUUUUGCUGCUUCCCUCUACAUCAUUUUGUUUCUGCAAUUUUGUCGUCCACUUGUCAUUGCUGACAAGGGCAUAUCGAGGAUCAAAGAACAUCAUAUGAAGGAGUUGUUGGCUGGAGUCCGUACGUUUGAUAGUUUUUUACAAGACGGGUUGAUUGAGUAUCUUGAUUUUAAUGAGGAGAACAAUGCUUCGAUUGCUUUAUACGAAGGAGAGGCUACAACAGAAACAACACAUAUUGAAAUUGAGCCUUUCACCAUCCUAGAUUCCUAGGUGUUUGUGCUGGGCUUAUUCCA